ACAGUUUAAACCGCUCUCUGAUCCCCAGGCAUCAUGUGAUACCUCUGGGAUUCCAGACUGAGUAAUGGAGCGCCACAGAGAUCCAUUGUGUGACAUCAAUAGAACAAGUGUUUGCACCCUUAAAACUAAAAAACCCAGUCCAGAAGAUUCUCGCUUUGAGGGAAAUGAGAAACAGACAACAUGCACAGCAGCGACAAUAGAGGAAGUUGGGAGUUUCAUCCUGAGGACACCUUAACAGAGGACACUGGUAAUUUUCCAUCUACUUUGGCCCAGGUGAACUUCAGUGGGCAAAAAAAGGCAGGUUCCGCUGUGGAUGUCCCAGGUCUGGCUUAUAGGAAUGAAGAUAUAAUGUCAGAGAGUUGGAGGAAACACAGGAAGCAUGUUUUUGUGCUGAGCGAGGCAGGGAAGCCCAUCUACUCACGCUAUGGGAACGAGGAGGCCCUCUCCUCCGCCAUGGGUGUCAUGAUGGCGCUGGUCUCCUUUGUCCAGGCUGGAGGCAACAUGAUUCAGUCUAUUUUUUCAGAUGAGCACACGGUGGUCUUUUUGCAGAAGGGUCCACUGGUGUUUGUAUCCGUUUCUGCCACUCGCCAGUCUGAACAGCAGCUGCGCAGCGAGCUCCUCCAUGUUUAUCAUCAGAUAGUCAGCAUGCUCACGCAGGCCAGCAUAAACCGCAUCUUUGAGCGCCGCAAGAAUUUCGACCUGCGGCGUCUGCUGUUUGGCUCGGAGAAGGUUCUGGACGGCCUCCUCGAUGUCAUGGACUCUGAUCCCAGCUUCUUUCUGUCAGCUGUCCAAUGCCUGCCUCUGCCCUCCUCUUCCAGAGACGCCCUCAGUCACAUCCUACAGAAAGCCAUCACCCCGGAUCUGGUCUUCUCUUUUCUCAUUUCCAAUAACCGACUUGUCUCCGUCGUUCAAGAGAAGACGGUCCUGGAGGAUGCUAGACUAAAACCCAGUGACCUUCAUCUCCUCUUUAACCUGAUCAGGGUCUCUGCUUUUCAGGCUGGAGAGAUAUGGACACCCAUCUGCCUGCCUCUGUUCAAUCCCGACUGCUACUUUUAUGCUUAUGUGGCAUAUCUAGACCCUCCGGAAUGUACUGUAUGCCUUGUUCUUUUGUCUACAGAUAAAGAAGCGUUUUAUGCUGUGGCAGAGUGCAAAAGGAAAAUUGAGGAAGCUUUCGCAUCCCAAAAUGCCUUGCAGUGGGUGGCAAACACUCAAUUAUACUACGUUAAUGAUAUCGGUGUAGCUAAUCUCAAGCACUUCCUUUACAAGCCCUCAAAAGUGCUAGACCACUAUCGCCAGAUGCCACAGUUCACAUGCCCAGAGAUGGAGGUGGGAUACAGAAGCCAGCAAGAGAGGAUACGCCUGCUGGAUCUCUAUCGUAACAUGUACAAUCGUAUCCACUGUUCAUCACGACCACUUAAACUCAUCUACCACUCUGCAGGCAAAGAAACUCUGCUGGCAUGGGUCACUAGCAAGUUUGAAAUGUUCGCCUGCUUUACUCCGCUCGUCACUAAGAAAUCAGCUAUCAGUGAACUCACUAAACUGCUGCGAUGGCUCAAAAAGGAAGAGGACCGUCUCUUUAUUUGUCAACUCCCAAGAUACUCCACUGCCCUGCACCCCGGCAGGAGCUCCACAGACAGACCGAAUACAUCAGACACUGGACUUUUCUCUCUCUUGUAACUUUGAGUAGCUAAACGGCCAACAGUAGCGUGCACGUGUUUUACAUGUUAACAAAUACGAUAUGCAGGGGUGGUUCUAGGGUGAGUGGAGAUCCGGGGCUUAGCCCAGAAAAAAUCCAUGUAUGUGACUUUUUAUUUUAUGAAUCAGAAAGAUUUA